ACUACAAGUCAAGACAGACUCCUCUCUCUCUCUCUCUCUCUCUCUCUCUCUCUUUUCUCUCUGUGCUUGUGAGGAAGUUUGAAGAAGGCUAUGGCAGUGGGAUUUGCAGUAACGAGGGCUGCGGAGGGGCACUACAAUGGCAACAUAACUUGGUUUGUCAUACUGUCGUGUCUGAUGGCAGCCAUGGGAGGCGUCAUAUUUGGCUAUGACAUUGGAAUUUCAGGUGGAGUGACCUCCAUGGAGUCGUUCUUGAAGAGGUUCUUCCAUGAAGUCUAUGUUAAGAUGAAUGACGACACCAAGACCAGCAACUACUGCAAGUUCAAUAGCCAAUUGUUGACCUCCUUCACUUCCUCCCUCUAUAUCGCUGGCUUCUUUGCUUCCUUCUUCGCAUCUUUCGUCACCAGAGUUUUCGGACGCAAGCCAUCGAUAUUGACAGGAGGAGCUGCAUUCCUCGCCGGUUCAGCCCUUGCAGGUGCAGCUUCCAAUGUUUUCAUGCUUAUAUUAGGCCGCGUUCUCCUUGGUGUCGGGGUCGGUUUCGCUAAUCAGUCAGUUCCUCUUUAUCUCUCGGAAAUGGCACCGCCGAGGUACAGGGGAGCUUUCAACAAUGGCUUCCAAUUCUCGAUAGGAAUAGGGGCUCUGUCAGCUAACCUCAUCAACUAUGGAACCGAGAAGAUUAAAGGCGGCUGGGGUUGGAGAGUUUCCCUCGCCAUGGGUGCGGUCCCGGCCUCAAUCCUGACGCUCGGCGCGCUUUUCCUCCCGGAAACACCCAGCAGCCUCAUCCAAAGCCAUGACGGACAAGAGAAGGCCAAAUCCAUGCUGCAACUCGUGCGCGGCACGCCCAGCAUUCAGGCAGAGCUGGAUGAUCUCAUCAAAGCAGACUCAAACACGAAGAAUGUUCGCCAUCCUUUCCGAACAAUCAUGAAAGAGAAGUAUAGGCCUCAGCUAAUCAUGGCAAUGGCCAUUCCAUUCUUCCAACAGGUUACAGGAAUCAACGUCAUUGCUUUCUACGCGCCAGUCCUGUUCCGGACAAUUGGCCUGAGGGAAAGUGCAUCUCUCAUGUCUGCAGUCGUGACCGGUGUCAUCGGUUGCAGUUCGACCUUCAUAUCAAUGCUCAUAGUAGACAAGCUAGGCAGAAGAACUUUGUUCCUCGUCGGGGGCAUUCAGAUGUUUGUGUCGCAAGUAGUGGUUGGAGGAAUAAUGGCGGCUAAGCUAGGAGAUCACGGUGGAUUGAGCAAAGGGUAUGCCUAUGCGGUAUUGCUGUCGAUCUGCAUCUACGUUGCUGGAUUUGGCUGGUCCUGGGGGCCUCUAGGGUGGCUCGUUCCAAGCGAAAUAUAUCCGCUAGAGAUCCGAUCUGUAGGGCAGAGUAUCACGGUCGCAGUGAGCUUCCUCUUCACCAUCGCAGUCGCUCAAGCGUCUUUAGCAAUGUUGUGCCACCUGAAGUCUGGGAUCUUCUUCUUCUUCGGGGGUUGGGUGGCUGUGAUGACUGCAUUCGUGUACCUGCUGCUGCCGGAGACCAAGAACAUCCCCAUCGAGCAAAUGGACAGAGUUUGGAGGGAACAUUGGUUUUGGAAGAGAGUUGUGGACCAAGAGCAGGAGACGAGUAAUUGGAAGGACCAUGACCCGAAUUCGGCAUGAAAUUUCUCAUGUUUUCUCCGAAUGUCUAAGUCAUGUUCAACUGGUGGAGCAAAUGAGAAGUCCUGGUCGACUUCGUAAGUCGCAAGCAAUCCGGACCAGACACGACACCAUCAACUAAUGUAUCAGUCUGGUUCCAUUCACUAGUUGGGCCUUAUUAGAUAAAAUUGGGCCCAAGAAGGAAAGCAUUUGUCUGGGCUCCUUCAAUUUAUGUUCCGGGCCUAGUGAACUUUGGCUG